AUGGGACCACCUUCAGGGGGCACUAUAACGGGGGCUACCCCCAUCCUGAAUGACACUGAUCAGUCGAUAGAGUACAUCCACUCUAAGAACUUCAUCCACAGAGACGUGAAGCCAGACAACUUCCUGAUGGGCCUGGGCAAGAAGGGCAACCUGGUGUACAUCAUCGACUUUGGCCUGGCCAAGAAGUACCGCGACGCCCGCACACACCAGCACAUCCCCCACCGCGAGAACAAGAACCUGACCGGCACCGCGCGCUACGCAUCCAUCAACACUCAUCUGGGAAUCGAGCAGUCUCGUCGUGAUGACCUGGAGUCUCUUGGCUAUGUCCUGAUGUACUUCAACCUGGGCAGUCUGCCCUGGCAGGGCCUGAAGGCUGCCACUAAGAGACAGAAGUACGAACGCAUCAGUGAGAAGAAGAUGUCUACCCCCAUCGAGGUCCUCUGUAAAGGAUAUCCAUCGGAGUUUGCCACGUAUCUGAACUUCUGCCGUUCUCUGCGGUUCGAUGACAAGCCCGACUACUCGUACCUCAGACAGCUAUUCAGGAACCUGUUCCACAGACAGGGCUUCUCCUACGACUACGUCUUCGACUGGAACAUGCUCAAGUUUGGCGCCAACAGAGCAGCGGAGGAUGCAGAGAGGGAGAGGAGAGCUGGUGAGGACAGACUGAGACAGGGACAGGCCAGGGCCCCUGCAGGGGCCAGGGGGAUCCCCUCCGCCUCCGGACGACCCAGAGGAGCACAGGGCGCAGCCGCACCCGCACCCCUCACACCCACCUCACACACAGGUAUGGAGCGAGAGAGGAAGGUCAGCAUGCGUCUUCACCGUGGAGCUCCUGUCAACAUCUCCUCCUCAGACCUGACGGGACGACAGGACUCACGCAUGUCCACCUCACAGGCUCUCUCUCGUGUCACCCCCAGUGGCCUCCAGUCAGCAGCCCCUCGAUGAGUCCCUCUGUCCCCAUCACCACCACCACCAUCACCCUGGAGGGUUUAACCAUGCACGGCCCUAACCAUACAACACACACACCAACACACACACCAACACCUGGAGGACGUUACUGAAACAACCAGUCAACCCAUCAGAUGCCUGGACUCUUACACAAUCAACCAAUCAAAAGGCAGGACAAGGACCUCGUCAUCCGCUAGCAACUCCAUCCAUCCAACCAGCCAAUCAAACACACAGACUGAUGCUCUGCCUCUUUGACAUCAACGGAUCUCUGCUACCAGUAACAAGCUCCAUGCUGUUGUAACAGGGUGGACGACACACAAACACACACACACACACACACACACACACACACACACACACACACACACACACACACACACACACACGAAUCAGAGCGUUCAGCCGUGCUCAUCAGGGAUGGAGGAGAUGAGACUGGGAUAG